AUGUCGUGCAGCUCCGCAGACUCGCUGUGUGCCUCCGGCGCCCUGUCCUACAGCCCAGGGUCCCAAACGUACACAAGGACCUGUGUAGAGCCAACCACCUGUAACACAAAUGGCUCUCUCAACUACGGUUAUGGGAGCGUCACAUGGAUUUUCAAGUGCUGCAACACUGACCUCUGCAAUGACGACAAAGUGUCCUUUCCUAACAAUACAAACGGCUUGUAUUGCUGCGCGGGGACAGACAUGACAUGUCAGAACACCGUCAACUGCACAGGAAUGCAGGACAGCUGCUUCACAUCAGCUGAUGGAGCCAACGUGUACCUGGGCUGCUCCUCUGCAACGAUCUGUGAGGACCACAAUCUCACUUCUCUCCUUGGACUUUCUGUCACCUCCGUGAUUAGCUGUUGUGAAGGAAACCUGUGCAACCAACCCGGUAAUGCAUCCAUCCCCCAAAAUGCACUGGUGUGCUGCACAGGAUCUGACAUCCACUGUCAGAACACAGUGACCUGUGCCAACACCGAUGACUUCUGCUUCAUUUAUGAUGAUGGAUGGUCUACAAACACAGGAUGUGCUUCCAGAAGUCAGUGUGAAGCAUCAUCCACUCCCAAUGCCACCAUGGCGCCCUCCUACAGCUGCUGUCAAGGGAAUCUGUGCAACAAACCCAGUGAGUAUUGGGCAAGGGAAUAA